CCUGCUCCGCCCAGCAGCGCGACGCUCUUUCCGGUGCAGGCGGCGAACAUGGGGACACCGCAAAAGGAUGUUGUAAUAAAACCCGAUGCCCCAAGCACACUGCUUUCGGAGAAACACGCGGAGUAUAUAGCUUCCUAUGGGACAAAGAAAGAUGAUUAUGAAUACUGCAUGUCGGAGUAUUUGAGGAUGAGUGGUAUCUACUGGGGGCUGACAGCAAUGGACCUCAUGGGCCAGCUGCACCGAAUGAACAAAGAGGAAAUUCUAGCAUUCAUCAAAUCCUGUCAGCAUGAAUGUGGUGGGAUAAGUGCCAGCACAGGUCAUGAUCCUCAUCUCCUGUAUACCCUCAGUGCUGUCCAGAUUCUUACCCUGUAUGAUAGUCUACAUGUUGUUGAUGUAAACAAAAUUGUUGAAUAUAUACAGAAUUUGCAAAAAGAAGAUGGAUCCUUUGCUGGAGACAAAUGGGGAGAAAUAGAUACAAGGUUCUCCUUCUGUGCUGCAGCAGCUCUUGCACUUCUGGGGAGGCUGGAUGCCAUUGAUGUGGAGAAAGCAGUAGAAUUUGUUUUGUCCUGUAUGAACUUCGAUGGAGGAUUUGGUUGUAGACCAGGUUCUGAAUCACAUGCAGGACAGAUCUAUUGUUGCACAGGAUUUCUGGCUAUAACAGACCAGUUGCACCAAAUAAACGUUGACUUGCUGGGUUGGUGGCUUUGCGAACGUCAGUUACCUUCUGGAGGUCUCAACGGACGACCAGAGAAGUUGCCUGAUGUAUGUUAUUCCUGGUGGGUGCUAGCAUCUUUGAAGAUGAUUGGUAGGUUACAUUGGAUUGACAGAGAGAAACUGCGCUGCUUUAUUUUGGCUUGCCAGGAUGAGGAGACUGGAGGAUUUGCUGACAGACCAGGAGAUAUGGUGGAUCCAUUUCACACCUUGUUCGGAAUUGCUGGACUAUCUUUAUUAGGAGAAGAACAAGUUAAGGCUGUCAAUCCUGUCUUCUGCAUGCCAGAAGAAGUCCUUCAAAGAAUAAACGUACAGCCUGAGCUGGUGAGCUAAGCCUUGGAGAGACAAAAGGUCAAGGUGCCUAGUUGCUUUGGUCUUGCUGAGUGAAGUCAUCUCAUCUCUGGAACGGUUAGAUGUGUUUGCACCACGAGAGUAAAGCAACAGCUGUACUGUGGGCUUUGCCGCUUCCUAAUCUAUAUGGGAACAGGCUGGCUCUAAUAACCGAGUGUAACGUGUUCUUUGGUUGUAUAUAAGAGAUGUAGAAACAUUUCUAAUCUGUAUUUAAAUAUAUGGGCCUCUGCUGCUUUUGGGUUUUAUUUUAAUACACAAAUCAAUGCAAUAGUGUGGAUGCUUUGGUUUUUUGUGUUCCUGUGAUACCAACCAUGCCAGUGUCUGUCUUUUCACAAGCACGUUUUGAUGGUAGAUCACACAAAGCACUUUAAAAGAAUAUUGGGGGGGGG